UUCAAGCUGCAGUUACUGUAAUUGAGAAUCACAAACAGGAUGUUUUACAGACUAAGUUAGACAUUAAAAAACAGAAAAUAGCGAAUAUUUCAGCCAGAUGUUUUAAUUUGUCUCAGCUGAAGAAAAGCGGACUGAAUCAAGAAGAUGAAUCCUUUGACUUAAUUAGAAGACAGUUAUCAAAUAGUGAGAAUGGUAUAAUACAGACACAGGAACAUUUACUCGAGAAGUCUUGUGCAAACGAUACAAAAAUAUGCCUGAAAGGGUUAAAAGGAGACAUUGGCCUAGUCGGUGUUAAGGGUGACAUCGGUAGUCAAGGAAAGCCUGGGUUGAUAGGAAAUAUAGGAGUCAUAGGUAACACUGGUCAAAAGGGGUUACCUGGAAAGCCUGGGCCUAAGGGUAGUCCGGGAGGGAAAGGUUCUAAAGGCGAUGGAAGUGUCGAUGGAAUACGUGGUCUGAAAGGAAAUAUUGGAAAUACAGGAGAGAACGGAAAAUCCGGAAUACGUGGAUCGAGGGGACCAAAAGGUGUGCAAGGAACUAGUGGCAGAAAAGGACCAUCAGGCCAAAAAGGUUUUCCUGGAUCAAAAGGAAGUCUUGGGCAUGUUGGGGAUAAUGGUAAUAUUGGAAUCAAAGGUGAAUUAGGAGAGACUGGUUCGAAGGGGAUUAUGGCUAACAUGUCUGAAACCUGUGAUUGCAUUCGGAAAAUGAAGUUUGUGGACAACACAACUGUUAUAACAGCACCACUAGGAACCAAUAUCAAACUUAAUUGUACAACAACACCACCACAAACGGUCAACUGGAAACACUCAAGUGACCAACCGUGUUAUCCGUUAAAUGACGGGAACGUUAUCACAAUCAACAAACUAAGUCCGGCAGAUCUCGGUAAACACGUUUGUACAGUCAAUAAUGGAUUCCGCAAUAUACAAAAAACUAUAUUUGUUAAUUCAACAGAUUCCGGUGAUGGUAUAUCUUGCGACUUUGAAAAUUCCAACUGCCAUCUUAAAUUGUACAAAUGGCGUGUGGCUAAUAAUUCAGAUGAUCAUACGAAGGGGUCACAGAACGGUCAUUUUGCUACCACGUAUGAUAACUCAACCUCGAGGAUCGAGUCUCUAUGGGUUAAAGUUGAUGGUGAAUCGUGCCUGACAUUCUGGUAUAGAAAUGAGAUUAUUGGUAGUUCACCUGGUAGUACUAUUGAUAUUACAACAAAAGGAACUUCAUGUCCUGGAAGGCAAACUUAUGUUCACAAAACCAUAAAGGAUAAUCAAGUAACUAAUUGGACACAAGAGUUUAUGCAACUACCAAAUACAUCUGAUGUCAUUCAGUUUGUAUUUGACGUUCGCACUACUAAUAUGGUAGUUUCCAUUGAUGACAUUAGCUUACUAAACGGAACUUGUCCUGCAUUAUUCAAGUUCUACGAACCAGAAAAUAUAACCUUAACAAUUCCACUCGAUGGUCAUGGCAAUAUCAAUUGUUCGGCAGAGAAAUCUGGUGAUGUUCUAUACAGUAUGACGAAAAUGGGCUCCUGUCAAAACCUUGCCAAUACAGGAAUACAUACUAUCCAAAAAGCUUCGUUCUCAGAUGCAGGAACAUAUGUUUGCAAAUUAAUUAGUGAUGGUGUUGUAAAGACAAAAUUUGUUACUGUUGAUAUAACAGGAAACACAAAUUGCACCUUUGAGAAUGGCAUAUGUGACUGGACACAAGAUCAGCAAGACAAUCAAGACUGGGUAUCAAGAUCAUCUACCACGCCAUCUAGUGGUACCGGUCCAAAUAGUGAUCAUACGUUUGGAGAUUCAACAGGACAUUAUAUGUAUUUUGAGGCUUCUGGUGGAAGUCAACAUGACACGUCAGUUCUCAAGUCACCCAUGUUAUCCACCGGACCCUACUGUCUUUCUAUGGCUUACAAUAUGAAUGGAGAUAGUAUAGGGGCACUUAAUGUUUAUACAAAGGAGUGUAAUAGCACUGUGCGCAAUAAAAUCUGGUCGGUUGCAGGAAAUAAAGGUGAAAACUGGUUUGAUGGAUGUAUAAAAACACCUGUUCUGUCACAGGACUAUCAAAUAUAUAUAGAGGCAGAAAGAGGCUCCACUUAUGCCAGUGAUAUUGCUAUAGAUGACGUUAACAUACAAGCCGGUAAUUGUAUCUGUUCCAGUAAAACUGUUGUUCGUUCCUGUAACUUUGAACAAGGUAUUUGUCAAUGGCAUCAGUCAAACACAGAUGAUUUUGACUGGACACGACUUUCAGGCCCAACUGAUUCUCGGGCAACUGGACCUAAUAAUGACCACACAACAGCAACAGGUGAUGGUUAUUACUUAUACAUUGAAUCAUCAAGUCCGAGAACGCCAGAUAACAAAGCUGAACUAGAAUCAACCACUUUGCCAGGUGGCAGUCAAUAUUGUUUAACAUUUUAUUAUAACAUGUUGGGUGCAACAAUGGGAGCACUUCAUAUAUACAAGGAGGUUACUCCAUCGGGUAAACGAGCGUAUCUGCCCCCACAGUCUAGUUUAAAUUCAGGAACUGCAGCACAGAGUGGCGUCAGAUCUUCCACAAGAACUCUUCUCUUUACUAUCGCAGACGACCAUGGUGCGAUGUGGCAUAAACAGCAAGUCAAUAUUCCAGUUUCUAAUUCAAACUUUAAGAUAAUCUUAUCUGGUGUUGUUGGAACUAGCUUUUACAGUGAUUUAGCCAUUGAUGACGUCACUAUCUCAACCGGAACGUGUUAA